AUACGCUGCAAUUGAAGAAGCCCUCAAUGAAUUCACAAUGACUUCUACAACGAAGAUAAGAAGGUAAACAAUUCAUAGGAAUUAGAAAAAUGAUCUAUUUCUUCAAGCGUCUUUUUCCUGCCUAAACAAGUUUCCAGUGCCUCUUAAUGCUCCAUCACAUAAAUUCAAAGCCAAACAAUUCACAAUAACGGCCAAGAAACAUUAGAAUUCCCAGUUCAAGACAGUAAUUUGAAGUUGGAAAAGUGGACGUUUCUACAAUGUUCAACAUUCUUUGUUUAAUUUGUGUUGGAAUACUUUGGGGUUGUACGAAUCCAUUCAUUCGCCGUGGAAGUGAAGGCAUCGAGCAAAUAAAUACAGGGUCAUCUUCCAAAAAUCUUUGGCUAGAAUUGAAAACUAUUGCAUUACGUCUAAAAUAUUGGAUACCUUUUGGUCUAAAUCAAUUGGGUAGUGUCGUUUAUGUUUGGACUUUGCAGUUUUGUGAGAUAAUUAUUGCAGUUCCUGUGGCCAAUUCAUUGACAUUUGCUUUUACUGCCAUAACGGGCUAUUUGCUGGGUGAAAAGAUACCUGGAAGAAAUGUUAUAGUUGGAACACUUUUGGUGUGCAUGGGUUCAUCCAUUAUGUUGUAUGAUCAAGCAUUGAGAGAACAGACUGUGGUUGACACUCCCUAAUCGGGAAGUUUCAAAUCUAAUUCAAUAAAACCUUACCAAAUAUACACCGAAAAAUCCUAAUUGGUUAGAAGAUCGGAAAAGGUAAAUCAACUCAUCAGUAAUAAUUUAUGGAAACAAUGGAUAAAAAAUUAAUUGGGCAAUAACUUGAGAUUUCAAAUAAA